UUAGGACAUGGUCUCCUUCCCUGCGGUGGCUGUGAUCUUCUCCCCGGAGGAAUGGCUGUGCCUGGAUGCCUCUCAGCGGAAGCUCUACAGAGACGUGAUGCUGGAGACGUAUGAGCACCUGCAGGCAGUAGGGCGUCGUGGGGUGAAACCUGUGGUGAUCUCCUGGUUGGAAGAUGGAAACCUGGAGAGGCUGCCGAGAGACCUGUUUGCAGGCAGGCAGAUUGCCAUGUGCAGCGCGUCAUUUGGAUUUGUCUGGAGUCUUGGAAGCUUGACUACCCUACGUUCUUCUACAAAUAGAACUUGA